GUUGAAGAUGGGCCAGCUUCAAAGAUGAGUGUUUAAUGUCUAUUUCACUGAUGCCCCUCAGGCCUGGACCACUAGCUCAAUGAAAGCCCAAGAGUUUAACGAUGGCCGGAGAGCCCAUACAACAAAGUUAGCCGUGACGGCGAUGUCGGCAAUGGCGGCGGAAACGGUGACGUUUCCGAUUGACCUCAUAAAGACGAGGCUUCAACUCCACGGCGAAUCUCUUUUUUCGUCUCGACGGACAUCAGCUGUCAGAGUAGUGUCGGAGAUCUUACGAAACGACGGCGUUUUAGGACUAUAUAAGGGAUUGUCACCGGCGAUUAUAAGGCAUAUGUUUUACACUCCAAUUCGAAUCGUAAACUAUGAAUUUUUGAGGAAUUUUUUGGUUCCGGCUGAUCAUACUCUUUCUCUGUCAAGCAAAGCUAUUAUUGGUGGAAUAUCUGGUGUUAUUGCUCAGGUUGUGGCGAGCCCAGCUGAUCUUGUCAAAGUUAGGAUGCAAGCAGACAGUAGAAUGGUAAGUCAGGGUCUGCAACCUCGAUAUUGCGGGCCAUUUGAUGCUUUCAACAAGAUUAUUCGAACUGAAGGUGUCAGGGGACUUUGGAAAGGCGUGCUCCCAAAUAUCCAGAGAGCUUUUUUAGUUAACAUGGGAGAACUAGCGUGCUAUGAUCAUGCAAAACGCUUUGUGAUCGAUAACAACAUAGCAAAUGAUAAUAUAUAUGCACACACUUUAUCAUCUAUAAUGUCAGGCCUGUCAGCAACAACAUUGAGCUGUCCAGCAGAUGUAAUUAAGACAAGAAUGAUGAAUCAAGCUGCCGAUAAUCAAGGUAAUUGUAAAUAUAAAAACUCCUACGAUUGUCUUGUCAAAACUAUUAGAGUUGAAGGACUCAAAGCAUUGUGGAAGGGAUUCUUUCCUACAUGGGCAAGACUUGGCCCUUGGCAAUUUGUAUUCUGGGUAUCAUAUGAGAAAUUCCGACAAAUCGCUGGUCUAUCUUCAUUCUAACCAAUUCAUCACGCUGAGUGCUGUAUAACACGGUGGAGCAAAGGUUCGGUUUUCAUUUUGUUCCCUUUGAUUGAUCUUGAGUUAUAUGUAUGUUGUAUUUAGUGUGUUUUUGAGAAGCCAAGUAUGCUUCUUUACUCCCUUUUGUAGGAAAACUGAGGAGACAGAGGUCUACUUGGAAUUAUUCAGUAUAGGCGUUAGUUAAAGAACGUAUUUUUCGGGCCGAAUUCUGUUGCAGACAAGAAACUCUAUAUUUAAGUGGAAAAGGACAGAGAGACGAACUCAUUAUCUAA